UUUGGAAGUAAGCAACGUAUAGCGACGUCUUUUCACACAAACAAUAUGCUCUAUCGGUUGGAAUCCGUUGUCCAAACCUCAGUUUUCGCAAUCAUUCUUCCACUUCCAGCCUUCGUUCACGCCCAUCCAGCGCCGCUUUCCGCCUCGGAAUGGUUUCACGAAACUCUCUUCCCCGGACGAGGCACCACUCUACCUGAAGAGCUGAAAUGCUACUCUCUCCCAUAUGGUAGUCUUGGUUUCGUCUCUCAUGCUCUCACCUACUACACCAUGCUAUGUUUCCAUUUUCGGCGACGCCCUCUCUGGCCAUUCAGCAAGAUCUCGCAUAGCCGCCUUGAUGCAUUGAUAUGUAUUCUAUCCAUGGUGGUCACGGUUGUCCUGACGGCGUUUACAAUGGCUAGCUGUCGUAACAACUGGCAGUUUGUGUUGAUAGCAUUCUGGAAACUUACAUUAAGUGUCUCCCUUAACAUUGCCGGGCUUUCUAUGGCGCUGCAUCAACAUCGCGGGUCGCCGCCCCAGUCAGGUAUAAUAAAAAAUUCUCUCCUCGAAGCCUCUCUGUACUGGCUCGGCUCCUUUAUCGGUCUAAUAGGUCUAUUCCAAAUCGUGCACCAGACCUUUCCUCACAACAAAGCCGUUCGCAUCUUCACUGGCAUUAUGAUCGCUCUCGUCUGUUUGUCCUGUCUUUCUAUUUACUGGUACUUUUUUAACAAAGCGUACGAGUGGACGGCACUUCUAUCUGCAAUACCAGGUGCAUACGCGCUUCUUAUUGGCUUUGCGGUGUUUUAUUCGGAUUGGGUGCUCGCGGCGGUGGAUGGCAAUUGGGUAGGGACGCCCAGUGGGGAUCAGAAAUAUUUGUAUUGGGUGUAUUUUUCGGCCAAGAGGUUGCCUAUGGUGUCUUGGUGGGAAUUACUAGAAACCAGUCCCUUCUAUAGUAUAAUAUAA